CGCCUGCUGCAUUCGUAACGCGUUUAAACGGUGUUUUGUUUGAAUUGAUGCAAAAGUGUCGGUUUACAAAUAACAAGAUGAUCAUAAAUGCGAACGUGCUGAUUUGAAAUGGAAGUUCGCUCCUUGUUUAUUUUUGUUUUCAUCUCCGCAUAUUUUGUUGGAUAUUUGAGCUCUUGGUUUUGAAAAAAUGUCUGAUGUGCACAAAGAUAAAUCUGUCAGAAGAGACAAGAAGACCAGCAGGGUGCCUUCGGAGGGAAGUCACGGAGUCAAAAACACGGCUGGGAAAACCAAGGACUCUUUAAGCAAUGUGUCCGGCAUAGAUGAACACCAUGACGAACGGAUGGUUGUCACUCUUGAGAACACCUACCAGUUAGGACCCCGCAAACGUUUCCCUGCCCCUGCAGUUGUGGAAAUACUUAAGGAUGUACUCACAAGCUACCUCGAAGAGGAAAAAUAUGAAGUGGAAUGGUCCCGGCAGAUGAUUAAAACGAUUUGUGAGGUGAUCAGAUCCCGGGUGAAGGACCUGAUGAUCCGCAGAUACAAGCUGGUUGUUUUGGCUCACAUUGGCCAGCUGGCUGGGCAGAGCAUGCAGAUCAGCAGCCGCUGUCUGUGGGACCCUGCAACUGACACCUUUGCGUCUUGGUCUUUCAAGAACACAUCUCUGUAUGGCGUGGCCAGUGUCUAUGCUGUUUACUUUGAGUGAAGCAAUCCAGUGUUGCCCCAGUUACGUUGGAAAAGUAACUUUUACUGAUUACUUGAUUUUAAAAGUAACUACGUUAGAUUCAUCAUGGUCCACCCUACAUUUAUAAUGUACAGUACAUUGUUUUACAAAUACUGUACACUGACUUGGGGACCUCAUCCAGUUAGUCACACAUCCUUGUGGGUCUUUCGCUUUAGUUUUACAUGUGCUGCGAUCAGUUUUGGAAACUAGAUAACACUUGGUCAACAGCACUGUGUGCAAUGUACCAUAAUAUUUUCUUCAUCUGACAUAAACUGAAGAUAGUGACUGGAUUUCCAGCUUGAAAACGGAAAUCACUCUGCUUCCUUAA